AUGACUGUCCAAGACUCUAUCGAACUCACACAUGUUCCCUCGACGACAAAGUCUGCCGAAUCAUUACUGGUCUUCUUCAUCACUGGCAACCCAGGCUUAAUCGAGUACUACCGCACGUUCCUGACAUUGUGCUUUGACAGCCUUCGCAACCGCUAUUCAGAUUAUCGCAUCAAAGUCGCAGGCACGAGUCUCCGUGGGUUUGAAGUUCAAGAUAAUGGCCAUCGCUACAGAAACAAUGACAAUGAAAUUGGACCGUACGAUCUAGAGCAGCAGAUCAAGCACAUAGGCCAAAUGCUUGAAAGAGCCAUUGAAAGCCAUGCAGAUCCAUCGUCAUCUCCAAAGGUAGUGUUAAUUGGUCACUCUGUGGGAUCAUACAUUCUGCUUGAAGUCUUGCGACGACGGAAGCAAAGCCCAAAUACGCAGCAGAUCAGUAACAAUGCUAAGAUCAUCGGUGGCAUCUGUUUGUUUCCUACUGUCACCCACAUUGCUAAGAGCCCUAGUGGAAGGAAGUUUAGCUUACUAUUUGCUAUGCCUUACUUCUAUCUCAUCGCUGGAGUGGUUGUACGCUUACUGUUCUCUUGGAUCCCUUUCGCCGCGCUUCAAACCCUUGUCGGGCUCGUCACUGGCUUCCCAGCUCCAGCUGCAGAACCUACAACUGCAUUCAUCAAGAGUCCAAAUGGCGUCAGACAGGCACUAUACCUUGCUGGUCACGAGAUGCUCACCAUCACGACUGAUAUCUGGGAUGACGAGCUCUGGGGCAUCUCAGAAGCACAAAACUCGAGCAGCGACACGACGAAGCUGUGCUUUUACUUCGGCACCGAUGACCACUGGGUUGCCGACGAGGCCCGAGACGAGCUUAUCGCUGCUAGAGCCGCAUCGAGUGAGGCAGGAGACCAAGACAAGCCCACCAUGGAGAUAGACACGCAUGGCAUUCCUCACGGUUUCUGUAUAAAGCAUAACGAUCUGAUUGCAGAGAGGGUGGACAAGUACAUUGAGGAAUUGAUGCAAACUCUCGUAUGA